CAAAUAGGCCGUGUGGCUCCCGAGAACCUGCACUAUUUGCCCAGACGGCAUCCGCUCCGCUCAAACACUGAGUGCGUCUCUGCUGCGGUGCGUUGCGCGCAGGCUGGAGAGAGAUGACAAGAGUCCCGCGGAACUGGCCAGAUAAACAUGGAUCUCCGUAAAACGCUGAUUUCGGUGCUUUGGAUAUUAUUGCUGAAUCUAGAAGAAGACUGUCACGCCGAGGAAGUGGUGCUGCUGAAUUCUAAAGAGACUCAGGCAGAGCUGGGAUGGACAUCCUAUCCCCCCAAUGGAUGGGAGGAGAUAAGUGGUGUAGAUGAGAAGUACAAGCCUAUCCGGACGUACCAGGUGUGCAACGUGAUGGAGCCCACGCAGCAGAACAAUUGGCUGCAGACAGGCUGGGUGGCACGCCGAGGUGGCCAGCGCAUUUUCGUGGAGCUCCAGUUCACGCUGCGCGACUGCAACAGCAUCCCCGGUGUGGCGGGCACGUGCAAGGAGACCUUCAACCUCCUCUACGUCGAGUCGGACAGGGACCUCGGGGGUGUGACUCGAGAGGACCGCUACACCAAGAUUGACACCAUCGCUGCCGACGAGAGCUUCACGCAGGGUGACCUGGGUGAGAGAAAGAUGAAACUGAACACGGAGGUGCGUGAGAUCGGCCACCUCAACCGCAAGGGCUUCCACCUGGCUUUCCAGGACGUCGGCGCCUGCGUGGCCCUAGUGGCCGUGCGAGUGUACUACAAACGCUGCCUUGCAACUGUGCAGAACCUGGCAGUGUUCCCCGACACGGUGGCUGAGGCGGCCUUCGCCACGCUGGUAGAGGUGCGCGGCACCUGCGUCAACAACUCUGAGGUUGACACUGACAGCCCUCCCAGGAUGCAUUGCAGCGCCGAGGGGGAAUGGCUGGUGCCCAUUGGGAAGUGCAGCUGCAGCGCUGGCUACGAGGAGGGACACAGCAGCUGUGAAGCAUGUCCCCGUGGCUCCUACAAGAUGUCCUCCAGGCAGCAGGAGUGUUUUCCCUGCCCAGCCAACAGUGUUGCAGAGGAGGAAGGAUCUGUGGCGUGUGUGUGUGAGGAGGACCACUUCAGAACCCCCCUGGACACACCCUCAGCACCAUGCACAAGGCCCCCAUCCCCGCCCAGAGACUUGGUCUACACCCUGAAGCAGUCCACACUGAUCUUGGAGUGGGCUGCACCAUCCGACACAGGAGGCAGGGUGGAUCUGACCUACAGUGUGGGGUGCCGGAGGUGCGUCGGGAGGCAGUGCGAGCCGUGCGGGGCGAGUGUUGGCUUUGUGCCUCAGCAGGUUGGCCUUACAGAAAGAACGGUGACCGUGGUCAAUCUUCUCCCCAACACCAACUACACGUUCACCAUCGAAGCCUUGAACGGAGUGUCAGAGCUGCUGCCCAACAAGAGAUUCUACACCCAGGUCAACGUGUCCACAAGCCUACCUGCGCCAUCUCUGAUCAGUGAUCUGCGAGCGGAGAAGAUCGAGCAGAAGAGCAUAACCUUGGUGUGGAGGGAGCCGUCUUACCCAAACAGCAGCCGCACUGAAUAUGAGGUCAAAUACUAUGAGAAGGAACAAAAGGAUCAGAGUUAUUCUACUGUGAAGACCGCCGCCACACGGAUCAGUGUCAACAACCUCAAACCUGGCACCACAUAUGUCUUCCUCAUCCGCCCUUUCUCCACACCGGCCCCCUCCUCAUCCCUGUCCUCCUCCCCUUUGUCAUCAUCCUCUGCCUCCUCGUCCUCCUCUACUUCUUCCUCUUCUUCAUCGUCCUCCUCUCCACCUCCCAUCGACUACGGAGCGUACAGCACUCCCCUGGAGCUACAGACACUUGGCGAGUUGGCACUGGCGUCCAGUGAACAGAGUCCAGUGGUGAUCAUUGUCGUCGUGUCCGUGGCCGCCCUGAUCAUGCUGCUCUCCAUGGGAGUUGGCCUGCUCAUCUGGAGGAGACAGUGCGGCUACAGCAAAGCUUCUCAAGAGGGAGACGAGGAACUUUACUUCCAGUUUAAGAUCCCAACGCGUAGGACCUACAUUGACCCCGAGACCUGCGAGGACCUGCUGCAAGCCGUGCACGCCUUUGCCAAGGAGCUGGACAACUCGAGCAUCAAGAUAGAAAGAAUUGUGCACACAGGCGACUUUGGGGAGGUGUGUCGCGGCUGCCUUAAGCUGCCCAGUAAGAGAGAGCUGCCGGUGGCCAUAAAGACGUUAAGGGCCGGCUGCUCUGACAAACAGCGCCGCUCCUUUCUCAGCGAGGCCGGCAUCCUGGGGCAGUUUGACCACGCCAACAUCAUCCGACUGGAGGGCGUCAUCACCACGGGUAACACCAUGAUGAUCAUAGUGGAGAGCAUGUCUAACGGAGCCUUAGAUUCCUUCCUUAGGAAACAUGAAGGCCAGUUGAGUGUAAUGCAGUUGAUGGAUAUGCUGACUGGUGUGGCAUCAGGAAUGAAGUACCUCACUGAAAUGGGCUUCAUCCACAAACGGCUGGCCGCACACAAGGUGCUGGUUAACUCCAACCUGGGCUGCAAGGUAUCCGGCUUCAGACCUCUUCAAGAGGACAAGAUAGAGGCCAUCUACACCACACUGCAUGGAGGGAAGAGCGUGGUACUGUGGACCGCUCCAGAGGCCAUCCAGUACCAUCGCUUCUCCUCGGCCUCAGAUGUCUGGAGCUUCGGCAUUGUCAUGUGGGAGGUCAUGUCCUAUGGAGAGAGACCCUACUGGGAUAUGGGCAACCAGGAUGUGAUCAAGGCCAUCGAGGAUGGUUUCAGGCUGCCGGCUCCAGUUAACUGCCCUCCACAUCUCCAUCAGCUGAUGCUGGACUGUUGGCAGAAGGAGAGGACAGAGAGGCCCAGCUUCAGCCAGAUCCACUCAGCCCUGAGCAAGAGCAUUCGCUCCCCUGAUGGUAUUGGUUCCUCCACAUUGGCACGCAGAACCCUGAGUUCAUCCAUUACGCUAGCAGAGAGGCCUCUGCCCUCCUUCCCAUCCUUUAACUCAGUGGGAGAGUGGCUGGACGCAGUGGACAUGGGCCGAUACAAGGACAACUUCACUGCCGCAGGAUACUGCUACUUGGAGUCUGUGGCACGAAUGACUGUACAAGAUGUACUGAGCCUUGGCAUCACUUCCCUUGAGCACCAGAAGCUGAUACUGGCUGCCAUCCAGACCCUCAGAGCCCAGGUCAUCCAAAUGCACGGCCGUGGUGUGCAGGUCUAAAAAACAGUUGACACACCUACUCUCACAGUGCUACUGCAGACCCACACGUGUGUGCAGAUGGAUGAUGGGGUGGAGAAGAGGAGAGAGAGAGCUCUUCCAAACUGAAGGAAAGAAACAGAUCUUUCAGCUAACUGCACUCUGUCUACUCCACCUUCCCCACACAUCCUCAUGCCUUCCUUGACUCCUUCCUUCGUUUUUUUAUGAAUCCCUUCAGAGACGAGCAGUGUUCCUGUCGCGAUUGGGGGAUUGCAGAGGAGUGAUGUCACCUGACUUUUUUUUGUGACCUUAAUCUGCACUUCAAUAACUGUGUCAGCUCCAUCUCACUGGUUCUGGAUCAGUGCGUAAAGACAAAGGAAAUAUUGUCUCUAGCAGGACGGGCUCUGUCUGAAGCUGACCUCUGAGCUGCGGGAGGGGGCACAGAUGUACUACGCUGCAAACACACCGGUUAUGAACUAGUGCUAA